GGGCGCAUCACUUCCGUAUUCUGUAUUAGCCGCACAUGCUAGCGGCUUCUUCGCGGCCGCUCACGGGGGAAACAAUAAUGGACAAAGUUGGGUUCAGGUGCAUCGAAUGCAACGAGGGAGCGACGGAGCUGCACCGCGACUACAGUAACGGCAUCCUCAAGAUAACCAUAUGCGAGUCCUGCCAAAAGCCGGUGGACAAGUACAUAGAGUAUGACCCUGUCAUCAUCCUGAUCGAUGCCAUUUUGUGCAAGACGCAGGCCUUCAGACACAUCUUGUUCAACACAAGCUUGGACAUCCACUGGAAGCUGUGCGUGUUCAGCCUGCUGUGCGAGGCCUACCUCAGGUGGUCGCUGCUCCACGGCUCCGAGCAGAGCGGCGACCCCGCCGACAUCAUACGCUACACCAAGGAGUGGGAGUUCUACGGCAUGUUCGGAUUGGCCGCCCUCGAGCUGUCGGCGUUCUGCGGCAGCGUGCUGUGCUUCCUCUGGGUGGCGGUGGGUCGCCUGCGGGGUGGGGCGACCCCGGAGCUCGGCCUGCUCGUCAGGGCCCUGCUGCUCUCCUGCUACGGGAAGGUCCUCGUCAUCCCGGCCGUCAUCUGGGAGCACGACUACUCGCCGCUGUGCCUGGGCCUCAUCAAGCUGUUUGUACUCACCUCCAACUCACAGGCGAUCAGAGUGAUGCUGAACUGCAGCAGGCGUCUGUCGCUGCUCGCCGUGUGUCUGGGUCUGUUGUCGGAGACCUGCGUGGCUCAGGCCUGUACAAAGCUUCCCUGGAGCAUCCAGGACAUGUUGACCGACUGAGAUAAGAGUCGCUCGUAUCUCCGGGACGGACAAGCGAUGGCGGAUGCUCACCCCCUUGCCAGAACGAGCAGUUUUUUAUAUUUUGGGGGCGGGGGGGGGAUUGCUGCUCACACCGACCAGCAGCGCAGUGUUGCUGGUUGGUUACAGGAGAAGCUUCCCGUGAGGCAGAGAACAGCCGUGGAAAAAGGCCUCAACGAACCGGCUGCAGGUUUGAGUCUGUGUUUUUUUUCUGGCUCAGUCGAUGAUAGUAGAUGAUAUCUAUUGCUCAGAAACUUGCAGACAACCUGGAUGUGCUUUUUCAUAGAAGAAAGAAACAUUUACAGAACAGUUAACAGAGGCAAACUGAAGAGGUGGUUAUGGUCUUAUCCUGUUUUGUUUUUUAAGCAGACUGUGAAGAGGAAAAGUGCCCAAACAUCGUUGAGGUUUAUUUUUAUUAUCAAUUAAUCUGUUGAUUAUUUUCUCAAUUAAUCGAUUAGUUGUUCGGUCCAUAAAAUGUCAUAAGAUGGUGAAAAAUGUCAAUCUUGUUUCCCAAAACUCCCAAGAUGAUG